AUGCGCUCAUCACGGAUAUCAAGAGAUGCUUCGAAACUAUUCGAUCAUACGGCGGAGCCUAUUUCACCUCCAAGACGACUGACAAGAUCUGCACUGGCCAAAUUUGCCUUCACCUCAACAGAAGAGUCCAAACACACGCUCGCCGAUAUCGAAGACAAUGGAGGUCCUGCUCGUAAACGAAGGCGUCCAGUAGUGAACAAGACUGAAAUUUCGACAUCCACCCAAGCUGUAAAGCCUGAAGUGGUCGACGAAGCCCUCGAUGAUAUCCCACCACCCCCAGCAAAAGCGCGACGGGUUCGUAAGCCUGCUCGAAAAGCCUUCGAUGCAACAACUGGCGAAACGAAGAUGGAACCUCCGUCAGAUUGGGAGGCCGUUUAUGAUACUGUGAGGAAGAUGCGGGCACCAGGUGGGCGAGCUUACGGUGCAGCUGUUGACACUAUGGGAUGCGAACGCCUGGCGGAUCGAAAUGCAUCUCCAAAAGACCAAAGAUUUCACACAUUAGUGGCGCUCAUGCUGUCGAGUCAGACGAAGGACACGGUGAACGCCGUGGUUAUGAAGAAGAUGCAAACUGAGCUGCCACCGUUUGAACCUGGGGCGCCCCCAGGACUAAACCUAAAUAACAUACUGGCAAUCGACCCUAAGCUUCUAAACGAGUUCAUCUGGGCGGUCGGCUUUCACAACAACAAGACGAAGUAUAUCAAGCAAACAGCUGAGAUACUCCGCGAUACAUGGGAUGGCGAUAUCCCCAACACCAUCGAGGGCCUCGUAUCGCUACCGGGCGUCGGACCCAAGAUGGCUUAUCUCUGCAUGUCCGUAGCAUGGGGUAAACAUCUGGGGAUUGGUGUUGAUGUGCACGUACAUCGUAUCACAAAUCUUUGGGGUUGGCACAAAACGAAGAACCCAGAGGAGACACGAACAACACUUCAGUCAUGGCUACCACAAGAUCGAUGGCAUGAGAUCAAUCAUCUUCUGGUGGGGUUGGGACAGUCGGUGUGUCUUCCUGUCGGUCGCAAGUGCGGUGAAUGUGAUCUUGGCCAUGAAGGACUAUGCAAAGCUGCCGAUCGAGCAAAGGUGUCUGCCGGACGUCAGCUCAAAGCCGAAAAGGUAGAACCGGAGGCUCAGAGCGAUACACUGGUCAAAACGGAGGUUUCACAGAACAUUGUAAUCAAAGAAGAGGGUGGUGUAUGA